GCUGUACGGCAAUAGGGGGAACGGAUUUUCUUUGCUUCGAGUUCGCAAGCAAAGAUGUUGCCUUCCCUUCAGGAGUCCGUAGACGGAGAUGAGAGAGAGCUGGAGAGCAGCGAGGAGGGAGGCGGCUUGCCCGAGGAACCGAAACCGGAGCGUAGCAGCAACAGUUACCACUGCUUGUACGGCUACCGAGGCUCCGGAUUACACCAGGGAACAGGCAGUGAUGUUGGGAGUCCAAGCAAAUUGUCAGCUGAAACACCUUCAGAUGACUUCAGCAUUUCAUUGGUGGACACUAAUUUACCAGCUGAAGCUGAGAUGGAAUUGCGCAGUUUGGUUGCCAAGCAUCUUAACAAAGGAGCUUUGUUUGAGGGGAUGGGCAAUGUUGUAACUGUCGAGUUGAGUAUUCCAGAAACUCGAGUUGGUUGUUAUUACUGCCUGUUCCAGCCAGAAAAAUGUGCAGAAGGAGCUGAUCCUGAAUCGAGGGAGAGUCCCUUGGAGUACGUUAUCUGUUUUUUGGGAGGCUCAGAGAAAGGACUUGAACUAUUCAGACUUGAGCUUGAUGGAUACAUUCAAGAUAUGAAGACUUAUUUAGAUUCAAAGCAAAGCAACCUGGAGACCAGCAUUCAACCACUCCUGAGAACUUGGUUUGAGGAUUUGGUGUGCCCUAUUCAGAGGGUGGUGAAGCUUUUCCAGGAGAAACUUGCCUUUGUGUUACAUGCUGCUCUGAGUUGCAGUCCUGUUGAAGUGAAUGGAUCUGAAGAAAAGACAGAGAAGGAUAUCAACAGGUUCCUUCGAGCAGCAAGUUUUCAAGAUCUGGUCAGGGAAACUAUGAUGACUUCCUCGUGCACAGCUGCAGCAACAGAGGAGCAGUGCAAAUCAGUGGUGAUUGACUUGAAUGGGCCACAGCUUUGCUUCCACAGCGCAGGAACGAAUAGGUUCUGUGAGGAUUGGACACAAGCAUUUCUGAACGUUUCCGAAGGGGGCAAUCCCUUUCUUUUUCGACAAAUACUGGAAAACUUUAAAUUGAAGGCCAUACAGGACAUCAACAACCUGAAGCGGUUCAUCCGGCAGGCAGAAAUGAGCCAUUACGCGUUGUUCAAGUGCUACCUGUUUCUGAAGAACUGCGGCAGUGGAGAUGUGCUCUUGAAGAUUGUCAAAGUAGAAUAUGCAGAAAUGCAGGAAGCCAGGAAUGUCAUCAGCGUGCUGGAAGAAUUCAUGAGACCAGCUUGGAGCUUAAAUCCUCCUCGUGAACCGAGGGUGGCUUGUACAGUACCAAAUCGGCGUGCCUCCAUGUAG